UGAAGAAGCAAUGCAGCUAACUCGCCACAAACUAGACAACACUUCGCCACAUAUUUGAUUAACUGACCAAAGCAUCCAUCUAAUUGGUUCUAAGGGAAGGAACUCUUGACAGCCAUCUGGAAGCAAUUAAUAUCCGAGAGAACUUGCUAAAGAAAUGACGACUUCAAGAGAUGAAAUACAAUUUGUCUAAAAGUAUGUGCGACGGACGCUAAAUAUUGGAAAUCCAAUUAUCAAUGGAGAACCUACUACAACAGCUUAAUGAAUGGGAGAUCCGCUUGCUAGUGCUCCUCAGCUUCAUACUACAGAUGUUACUCUUCUUUACUGGUGGCCUUCGGCUGCGUAGCAGAAAUACACCGCUUAGGUUUUGCAUGUGGAUAGCAUACUUGGGAGCAGAUUUAGUAGCAGUUUAUGCCCUUGGCCUCCUCUCUCGGCACAAAGAUGCCCACAUUGGAAAGGAAAUAUUCUGGGCAGCCCAUCCACUUGCUUUUCUUUGGGCCCCUUUCCUACUGAUGCAUCUUGGUGGGCAGGACACUAUAACUGCAUUUGCCAUCGAGGACAACAACUUGUGGUUAAGGCAUUUGUUGAAUUUGGUAGUUCAAGUUGGCCUUGCUUUAUAUGUCUUUUGGGAGUCUGUAGGUCACAGCAAUGUGGUAAUUCUAGUUCCAGGCAUCUUUGUUUUUACUUCUGGAAUUAUCAAGUAUGGCGAGAGGACACUGGCUCUUAUGUAUGGGAACCUAAAAGGCAUCAACAGCUCCAGUGAAAUUGACUUGAAUUUGCAUGAAGGAUAUUUCGGAAUAAUUUCUUCAGCAUUGAAAUCAACACCAGGCAUCCGAGUGCUCUUCGAGGGCCGCACCUUGUCCCAGAUGGAAGAAAGACACCGAGAGGCACUGAGAUCCAAGAUUGAUCAGAAACAUUUGCCCAAGUUACUAGAGAUUGAACUUAACUUGAUGUAUGAUGACAUCUACACUAAGGCUAUGGUGCUUCGGUCAAGGAGUGGCAUAAUGCUCCGGUGUGUAUCUCAAGUAUCAAUGGUGGUUGCUUUUGUGCUCUUCACUGUGAACAAGAAACAUAGAUAUAGUACAGCAGAUGUUGCAAUCACAUAUAUGUUAUUUACAGGAGGCCUUUGCCUUGAAGCUUGUGCAAUAUUUAUCUUAUUGAUGUCGCCAAGGACUUGGGCUUGGUUGGAGGCUCGGGGCUACCACAGACUCAGUCGCAUCUCCUCUUUUCUCCUAUAUAGCAAGAUUGGACGCCCUGAGGGAAGGCCACUAUGGUCAAAUUGCAUGGGGCAGUACAACUUCCUGAGCUAUGUGGAUUGUGAUGUACCAAUGAAGUCCAAGUUGGUGAAGAAAGUGGCAAGGAUGAUGGUGAGCAUAGCCGGUGUUGGUGAUGGGAAGUCAUUCCUGUGGUUGAGCAAGUUACUCGAUAGCAAGCACAUCGAGGUUGAUAAGGAGAUAAUGGAUUCUAUUGUAGUUAUGGUGGAUUGUUCAGAUGGAUCAAGAGCCUUGAACCCCGAAGACUGGCCAAAUCUUGGUUCAUUAAUAGAGAAAUUAGUUCCGGACUUUGGUGCGAGCUUCGGUUAUGGCAUUGUCUGCUUCCAUAUAUUCACAGAGACACACCUAAGAAAAUAUUAUCACCCCCAGGAUUUUCUGUUAGUCGGUGUUUGCCGAAAGUUGUCAAACUACAUGCUCUACCUUCUAGUCACACAUCCAGAAAUGUUGCCGGUCAGUGGCACCACGGAACCUACCAUGAUAUUCUUCCUCGACAAAAUUACUAGUGCUGUCAGUCCCAGUUACACAGCUGAUAGAAUUCUUAGUAGCGCCAGCUCUCUGCUGCAAGAUGGUUUGGGGUUACAUCAGCCUGAGCAGCGCCAAGAAACAUUACGCGAGAUUAGAGACCUGUGGACCAGGCUACUUCUCUUCGCUGCUGGCAAGUCUCGGGCGGACAUGCAUGCUGCGCAGCUGAGCAGAGGAGGUGAACUCCUCACCUUUGCUUGGUUGCUCAUGGCCCACAAAGGAGGUGAACUCCUCACCUUUGCUUGGUUGUUACAUCUAGCUCGUCGGAUGUCACGAGCAGCGGCUAUAACAGUUUUGAAGGCCGAACAUGUUCCGUCAGAGUUGAAAAAAACCGCGGCGAGUGUGGGAAGUUGAUAUUCAUACGAGGGAGAUACAUUUUAUUGAUUUUGUGUACAUCGUGAAGAGUAGAUCUUUGUUGUCGAUCUCGGUAGGAUGGUGUGUUGUACACGCAAAAUGUUUUUUACCAGUGCCGGGAGCUACCGGUGCUUCUCUCACCAAUAGGAUGCUGUCAACUCAAAAGUUGUGUCCAUGUAUUUCUCUCCUUUGUUCAUUCAACUCCAUUGUAUUUGAUCAA